UCCAAGGUAGGGUUUUUCCAUGGCGCCGAGACGCGGCGGCGAUGGCGGCAAUGCUGGUGGCGAGCUGCCCAAGCGCCUCAAGACAGACGGCGCGAUCCUGCAGACCAUCAAGGACUUCGCCGAGGCAACGGCAAGAGCCGGCAUCCGAGGUGAGAAGCGGAGCUUGAGCGAUCUAGCCCUGGAGGAAUCGUGUAGGGAGGUGGCGGAGCUGGGCAGCGGCGAGGUGAAGGAGGAGAUCGAGAAGCUCGUUCUGUCCGUGACCAAGUCGAUCCUCCAGGGCCAGGGCCUGGCUUACACGGUCCCGUCGCGGACGAGCGCCAACCAGCUCUACGUCGAGGAGCUUGACAGGAUCGUCCUCAAGGACAAGACCUCCAUUCGCCCCUUCGCGAGCAGCUCCACCGUGAAGAAGACCGCCAUCACCACCCGGAUCCUGGAGCUCGUCCACCAGCUUUGCUCCAAGCAGAUCCACGUUACCAAGCGCGAUCUCUUCUACACGGACGUGAAGCUCUUCACCGAGCAGGCCCAGUCGGACACCGUCCUGGACGACGUCUCGUGCAUGCUGGGCUGCACGAGAACCAGCCUCAACGUGGUAGCGUCGGAGAAAGGCGUGGUGGUGGGACGCCUGGUGUUCGUCGAGGACGGCGACCGGAUCGACUGCACCAAGAUGGGCGUCGGCGGCAAGGCCAUCCCGCCCAACAUCGACAAGAUCCAGGACAUGGAGAGCGACGCCCUCUUCAUCCUCCUGGUGGAGAAGGACGCGGCCUUCAUGCGCCUGGCGGAGGACCGCUUCUACAACCGGUUCCCGUGCGUGAUCGUCACCGCGAAAGGCCAGCCGGACGUAGCGACUCGACUCUUUCUCCGCAAGAUGAAGAUGGAGCUGAGGCUUCCGGUGCUGGGCUUGGUGGACAGCGAUCCUUACGGCCUCAAGAUCUUGUCGGUCUACAUGAGCGGCUCCAAGAACAUGUCCUACGAUAGCGCGAGCCUCACCACCCCGGAUAUCAAGUGGCUGGGAGUCCGGCCCUCGGACUUGGACAAGUACCGGAUCCCGCAGCAGUGCCGGCUGCCCAUGUCGGAGCUGGAUGUCAAGACUGGACGGGAUUUGCUGGAGGAAGAUUUCAUCAAGAAGGAUCCUCGGUGGUACCAGGAGCUGGAACUCAUGGUGAAGAACAAGGAGAAGGCCGAGAUCCAGGCGCUGAGUAGCUUUGGCUUCCAGUAUCUCUCGGAGGUUUAUCUCCCCAUGAAGCUCCAAGAGAGGGAUUGGAUUUGACA